CAAUAGACAAUCUUUGGACGGAAAGUGGAAAGUUGUACGUUGUGCGCAGGCGCUCCCCGGGAUUAAUGUCAAGGCACAAAAGUGGCGCUUCACCGUUUCCAGCUCUGCUCCGGUGGUUGCCUUAGCGAUGGACGGGGAGUCAGAACCAAACCCUGCCGUAGCAGAAGAGGCAGGGGAGCGGGUGGAGCCCAUGGAUGCCACUCCUUCCCCUCAGCAACAGACCACACCCCCCUCCGAAGAGGCUGGGGACGCAGUUUCCAUGGUAACAGAAGAUGGAACCACAAAGGAGGGCGGCACAGAGGACAAUGAUGAUGAUGUGGUUCUGGUAGAGGAGAACGCUCCCCAGCCUUCAGCCACAACCCUUUCCCAAGACACGCCCAGCACAGACUGCCUUGAGCUGGCUGCUGCCGUGGCAACUGUAGACAUGUCCACGGCAACAGUGCCCUCCAGAAUCCCCAGUCCUCCUGCGUUUUCCAGCACAUCCACAGUGGCAGCACCUCCUCAUCCUCCAACCACAGUAGCAGAGCCUAUCAUCAUUGAUGAUGAGGAGGACUCUGAACAGAAAGACACUUCCUCCUCACCGGCACCCCCUGGAGGCUCCUCAGCACCCCACUCGCCAGGUGCCCUCAGCAGCACAGAGCCAGAUUCAGAAAUCAGGAUCGCCAGUGUCACGACACUGGGCGAGAAAGGAAGCUCCGCAGUUUCCACGGUAAAUGCUCUGCCACAUCCAGUGGACAUCCAGGCGGACAUGAACCUGAUGAUAACCUCUGUGACAUCACUGCAGGGAGGGGCAGCGGCUGUCGCAGCGGCAGGUGAAGGCCAGGCAGAGGAAAAUGGUCUGCAGAUCAGCAGCACCUUUAGCCUGAAUCUCGACACCGCAUCUGGUCGACCAACAGCUUCUUUCAACCCUGGGCGGGGCUCAGGCUCGAUGGACCAGCUGGUACAGAACGGAGACACGGGGACGCACAACAGGACAGACUCGUGGAUCUCCCAGUCAGCUUCAGUCCCUCGCAACCAAAAACAGACAGGGGUGGACUCUCCAUCACCUGCCACCUCCCUGCCCAAACCUCCAGGCCAGUCUUCCUCCUCUUCUUCUCCAGGUUCCCAGCCACAACCCAGGACAGUCAAGGUGACCUGUGCUAACUGUAAAAAGCCUCUGAAGAAAGGCCAAACGGCUUACCAGCGUAAAGGCUCCACACACCUGUUCUGCUCCACCACCUGUCUUUCUGCCUUCUCACACAAACCCACCCCCAAGAAAAGCUGCACCAUGUGCAAAAAGGACAUAACAAACAUGAAGGGUACCAUUGUCGCCCAGGUUGACUCCAGCGAGUCCUUCCAGGAAUUCUGCAGCACUGGCUGCCUAGGCGCAUACGAGAACAAACAAAAUCCACCCAAGUCGGGCCUGAAAACCAAAUGUACUGUCUGCGGGAAGCUCACGGAGAUCCGGCACGAGGUUAGCUUUAAGACUGUGACCCAUAAGAUCUGCAGCGACACAUGUUUCAACGUUUACCGCAGGGCCAACGGCUUGAUCAUGAACUGCUGCGAGCAAUGCGGCGACUACCUGCCCAGCCGAGCGUCAGCCAACCACUUCCUGCUGGUCGAUGGCCAACAGAAACGCUUCUGCUGCCAGAACUGCAUCAGGGAGUACAAGCAGGCCCACAGUAAGCUUGCGAGCUGCCUGACAUGCAAAACGCUGAUCAAGACGGGCGAGGUGCUCCACAGCCUCGGAGCGGGCGGCACCAUGGGUUCCUACUGCUCUGUCAACUGCAUGAACAAGGGCAAGUUGGCGUCAACCUCCUUCUACAAUGCAGAACCCACGUGUCACUUCUGUAAGAGGAAUUCAUUACCGCAGUACCAAGCCACCCUUCCAGAGGGAAACAUCCUCAACUUCUGCAGCUCUCAGUGUGUUACCAAGUUCCAGAAUGCUACUCUUCAAACGGCCACUAACGGACAGACGCCGCUCUCCACUGCAAACAACACCGUCCAGCUGAAGUGUAACUACUGUCGAGGAGCGUUCAGCCUCAAACCUGAAACUCUGGAUUGGGAGGAUAAGGUCUACCAGUUCUGUAGUAAGGCGUGUUGUGAGGAUUACAAGAAGCUCCACUGCAUCGUGACGUUUUGUGAGUACUGUCAAGAGGAGAAGACGCUACAUGAGACGGUCAAGUUCUCCGGGGUUAAGAGACCUUUCUGCAGCGAAGGUUGUAAGCUGUUAUUUAAGCAGGAUUUUAUCAAACGGUUGGGUCUGAAGUGUGUCACGUGUAACCACUGCAGCCAGCUCUGUAAGAGAGGCGUGACCCGACAGCUCGGUGGCAUGACCCGGGACUUCUGCAGUGAGGCAUGUGCCAAGAAGUUUCACGACUGGUACUACAAGGCGGCGCGGUGUGACUGCUGUAAGGUGCAGGGUAACCUGACCGAGUCUGUGAUGUGGAGAGCAGAGAUGAAGCAGUUCUGUGACCAGCAAUGUCUGCUGAAGUUCUACUGCCAGCAGAAUGAGCCCAUCAUGGUCACACAGAAAGGCCCUGAGAACACCAGCCUGGGGUUUGAAAUGCAAGGGGCCAAACUUGGGCUGGUGAACCAGGGUACUGUGGCGUACGCUGGUGGAGGUUUGAUGAGAGAUGUGAAGAACAAGGCAGUGCUCUGCAAGCCGCUCACCCUUACCAAGGCUACCUAUUGCAAACCACACAUGCAGAGCAAACUAUUACAGACAGAUGUGGACGAUGGUGUGAAGAGGGAGUAUAUUCCUAUACCCAUACCUGUGCCUGUCUUUAUGCCUGUGCCAAUGAACAUGUAUUCCCAGGUCACUCCUAGGCCAGUCUCCCUGCCUGUACCGGUUCCUGUGCCUGUGUUCCUGCCCACCACCCUGCAGGGGGCAGAGCAGAUCGUCCAGACCAUCAAUGAGCUGAAAACCAAGGUGCCCUCUGACCCCCUGGAGGCCGACCUGCUGUCCAUGGCCGAGAUGAUUGCAGAGGACCAGAAGCCAGACGUGAAGCCAGUGAAGGUGAAGAGGGAGCAUGUAGGGGAGGAGACCACCAGCAGCAGCUCUGAGGAGGAGGAGGAGGAGAAGAAGGAAGAAGAGGAGGACAAGUAUGAGCCUGAUUUGGACCUAGAGGAAGACUUCCCUCAAGCCUCAGAACCUGAUCCAGUCCUGGAGGGAAUGGACGAGGACAUGGGCUUCUCUCUACCUCCAGUCCUGGCAGAGGAGAAGGAGGACCCGGAGGAGUCAGCACCUCGACCCCAGCCCAGGAGACAAGGGAACAAGAGGUUGGCGGUUGAGGAGGCCUCGUCCUCUUCUUCUCAUCCAGCAAACAGACGCUCAGAGGGACGUUCACUGCCUCUCAAAGCUCGCUAUGGCGUCAAUGCCUGGAAGCGCUGGGCGUUGUCUCCUUCUGACCAAUCAGAUGACACCAAAGUAAAAGAUUGCUCCAAACCUGCUCCUGCAGCCUGGUCUAAAAGUAACCUGUUGUCGCUGAGUUCAGAGGAGUUGAACGUGGCUUUGUCCCGAUUUGUCAGGGAAGUCUGCAGGCCGAGUGGGGAGCGCUACUCUCCAGACAGCAUCCUCUACCUCUGUCUGGGGAUCCAGCAGCAUCUUCACGCCAAAGGCCGCAAGGAUGACCUGUUCAGUGACCCGUGCUACCAGCAAUUUGGGGAGGAGCUCAACAAGGUCCUGAAGGACUGGCAGCCCAGCGUGCUCCCUGAUGGCUCACUGUGGGGUCGAGUGGAGGAGCAGAGUCUGUGGAGCAGCCGGCAGCUCGGGGAGCAGAGUGCUGCUGCUCUGCUGCGCUCGCUGGUCUACCUGAACACAAAGUACUUCGGCCUACGCACUGUGGAGCAGCACCUCCGCCUCUCCUUUGCCAAUGUCUACGGCCCUGACACCGUCCAUCCUGUCACCAAGGAGACCACAGUCUGCAUCCGCGUGCCUUCCAUCUCUCAGGAUCACCAUGUGCAAAAAGAGUCUAAGAAGAGGAAGCGUCAGUUGGAGGAUGGCGACCAGGACUAUGAGCCAGAUGACGACUCGGGAAACUCAAUUCUACAUUGUCCUGUCAAGAAGCACGAAUGCCAUCUAUAUGAGCUCUACAGAUCAAAGUGCCCAGCGUUGUUGCGGGAGCGUCUGGACGUCUUCUACGUUCAGCCAGAUCCGGCCUGCAGUCCAGAUGGCUCGCUAUGGUUCAGCUCCACGCCGCUGGAGCGACGCAUCCUGGAGAGCCUCCUCACCAGAGUCCUCCUGGUUAGGGACAUUUACACAGACAAAGAACACCUGGAGGAAGAUGAGGAGGAAGAGGGCGGGGGUGAACGAGCUGGGGGAGAGUAACAGUUGCUUUGGACUUAUGUUAGAGUCAAAGGAGGAGGAUAGCGAGUAGUGUUUGUGCUCUUCCCCUGUCCUCUCGUCUGGUCCUCCUUCCCCUCCCUGCUGACUUGCUGUGUCCUCCUGGUGAGGGUCGUCCGCAACAGAAAACCUGAGAAGGUAGAGAAUGAUGAAGGUGGUGUUGGAGAGCAGCCUCAACUUGUACUUCUGCUGAUAGAUUCACAAACAGAGGAGGAAGAGGUUAUGAAGCUAGAGAACAUGUUUGAUUUUCCCUCCAGUCAUAAACCAGAAGAGGCACAGAUGUGAAGAAUAAGUUGGGAUAAUCGGAGGACAAGGAGUAAGGGAUGAAGUAAGGGAUAAAGGAGGUGGAGCUAUAAUUUAUGGUCAUAUGAUAGCUACAUCAGGUAAAAUACCAAAUGUAUUGACCGUUAUCAUCAUAAUAUUUGGAAAGAUAGGAUGUGCUCUUGUAGUGAGGGUGUAGUGUGUUUUUUAGCGCACAAACAGUAAGUAGCUUGAAAAUAUUUAAACUUUUAACCACACAGACUCGUGCUUUAAGAGAGGUUAUCAGCAGCCACCAGUGGAGGCUAUAAGGAGGUCCAAAGCAGACAUGCAGGCAAAGUAACAGUCAUGGAGUUACUUCCUCUUCCUCCACCUCACUCUCAGCUUCAUGUCCUCCUCGCCACCGCUCGGGGGUCAGGAGAAAAACAAACAAAAACAGAUUUUCACAAGGAGAAACAGCAAGUAAGGGAGAAGGCAGAGAGGAGUGUCUGGGCAAAACCAGAGAAGAGGAGAAGCAGGUAGUGUGAGGCUGAUGUUGCGUUCUACAGAGUUGGAAGUUGAAAUUCCCAGCUGGUAGGUCGAAAUUCCAUCUUUGCAGUCGGUAGACAUGUCAUCAACAGGUUUCUUUGGACCACAUCAACAAGUCUUCACAUUUUAGCUGCUAAUCAUGUUGAUAUUUGGCAGAACAAUAGCAACUGUAAGUGCUGCUCUAUAUCUCAAAUUUAUAUUUUAAAAGACGAUUAAACACUAAAUGUUCUACAGCAUCUGUUGCAUAUCUGAACACAUUCAACAGUGACCUAAUAUUGCACUUUUGUCCAAUGCCACAUCACUUUGUGGGGUUUGAAAAUGUUUACCUUUUUAGAUGGAAGCAAAGGUGAGAUGUGUUUGUCUUUAAAGAGUGAAUUAAUACCUGGAUCAGUAAAAUGUGUUUCACUGAUCUCUGGUUGAAAAUUAAAUGGUUUUGUUAAUGUAGGAUUUAAAGGAUUUGCACACUCACACAACUCAUUUCUGGAAUAAUUAGACCUCUGUUCAGAUUGAAGUUGGGGACAGUUCCGCUGGGAAUUACUUAAAUUCACUAAACUCAAUGCACAAAGAAGAAUGAAAUGGUACAAUCGUCCCCCUGCAGCAGGGGAGUCAAGUGCCACGAAGCCCUUAACAACAUAUGAAAUCAGGUAUAAGUGUUUGUGUGUAGGGCCUUUUUAAUGUCAUGAACUCAGUUAAUUGGGCUUGAGCGUAUUUUGAUAAUUGCUCUGACAGAUGCUGCAUGGACCACCAGUGUGAGAAAUUUUGCCACAUAGGAUAAUUCCAAUUGAAUUUUUUGCUGCAGGAAUAUGGAAUUUCCGACUUUCCAACACGUGUGGAAAGCAGCAUCAGAUCUCCUCUUAUUAGUCAGGGUGUCCUACUGUAUCACACAUUAACCUUCUCCAUUAACUGGGCUGCUUUCAUUCCUUCCCAUCAUCACGUUGCCUCUUCUGCUACUGCUCUUCCUCUGUCAGUACUGCUCUCAGGCGAAACCUUUGCACCACAGAGGACUUCAGCUCAUACAGGCAGGAGUCAAGACUGAUCCCAGGACAGUUAAAGCAACUGAGAGGACAAAGUCUGAACCUCAUUCUGGUGCAGGGGAAAGGCAACCUACCGACAUGCUGCGUUUCUUUUAUAGGACAUUAGGGGAACCUUCCUUUAUGUGAUGUAGCAUUAUAUGAGUACUAAGCCCAGAUUGGGUUGCUUUGAAGUGUAAAUAUCUCUGAAACAAGGCGGUUAUUGGAGUCAACACAGAGGGACACUGUAGUUUAGGGUGGAAGAAACACCCGCCUCCCAAGAAACCCCCUUUUUUUUUCUUUUUUUUUAAAAAAAAAGACUGAUUAUUUAUUUCUCCUAUUAUUAAUUUGACAGUUUCCUCUUUACGUUGGGAUGGGAAUUUUUAUGGGUGCCAUUUCUUUCUCAACUUUUACUCAUUGAAAACCAGCUGCAGUCCUGUUCCCUCACCUCUCUCGCCCAUGUCAAUGCUAGCUGUGCAGGAACCCAUCAAACAUGAAGGACACUGACUUUUCAAUUCAAGGGUUCAGAUUCCCCACAGACUAUUUUUUGAAAAAUUUCUUUCUGCUUCUGUCCCUGUGUUUGUAUUUUCCUGACAUUUCUCAGUUAUUCUAGGUCUCCUUUAAACUUAAUAUUGGUUUAGUUUGAAAAUUGAGCACUUGUUAAUAAGUGCUCUGUUCUUCUUCCAAGCUAUUUAAGAGUGCUAGCACUGCAAAGCAAAAGCUUGUGUUGUAAUAAAGUAUUUGUUGGACAUCUAUUUCAUUUUAUUUUUCUCAGUUUUCAUGAACCAAACUCAAGUUUUUCUCAAGUUACACUAUCGAUUCAUUUCUUUCAUUUUUUAAUUAUUUUUUUUUAUUUAUGUGGUCCCCUUUUUUUUACUUUUCAUCUUAUGAAUAUUAUUUGAAUUUGCUUUGUGUUUGUGUCAAUAAAUUUGAGAAAGUGUCAUCAUGCUAAAAAUGAAUCCAAGGUUGGUUGUUUGAAGAUUUUGUUUUUCUACCACUUCCUUGAUCAUUAAUUGACUUUCAUUUAAAUAGUGAGAAGACUGAGAAGUAAUGCUGGCUACGUUCUUCAUGUUUCCACACCCAGUACUCAAAAUACAAGGAACACCUCCCACACACACUGUUGUACACACAAUAUCUCAAAUUAGGAAUCAAACAUGUCUUUUCUGCAUGAUCCACAUCACUGCUCCUCCUGACUGAAAAGGAUUUAAACUCAGUCAAGGACGACACUUUGAAAGAGGUGUUCCUGUUAUUUUGUACACUUCACUGUGCAUUUACUGGUAUAGAACUGCGGUGUUACAUUACAGGAACAAAGAUAAGUGGAUGUAGAGGGACAACGUUGGUCUGGAUUUCUGACAACAGUUCCGUAUUCCAGACCAAAAUCCAAACCUUUAAACUUGACUGUGGACGUUAACAAAACUGACCCUGGAUCAGAGGACCCUUGUUGACCGGCUGAUUUUCUUGCUGGACUCCAAGGCAGCGACUGACAGUAGACGCUGUGGCUGGCAUUAAUGCCUAAUGUGAAUGUGCCUAACUGUAUAUACUGAAAGUGAGUGAUUGUGACUUGAGUCUGAUGCUAUGUGUGUGGGCUGAUCUGCUGAUACGGUCAUGUUAAAUAAAUGAUUUCAUUUUCUAACCAGA